AUGAAUAGGUUGGCCUUGAGGCAUGCUUUGGCUGAGUUGAACGGAGCUGAGAGUCAGGAAUAUGCUGAGCAUUUCCCUCGGUUUGAGAUGGAUGGCGAUGCAGUCUCUGCUCGUGUCCCAGGAGCAGUCAAUGGUCCUUUGAGCCUCGAUACUCAUGCUAGAGAGAAUCAAGGGUUACUUCGAGAAGAUCCUCAUCAGCAGAUGUUUUGGAAUGUUUAUAACACGAGUCAGCGUUUAGUGAGUGAACGUCUUCGUCGUGAGCGUAAUGCUGGAAUAUCAGUGAGAUGGACUGGAGCUUCCUUCAUGUUAUUCAUGCUGUUUUUGGUAGUGUCUCCUCUGAUUCACUAUCAUUAUGUUGCAAUGCCGGCUAGAUACGAGGAAGAAAGCAUAGUAGAUUAUAUAACCUGUCAUGUCAUUCACACCAUCCGCAAUCGCUCUGUAGAGUGGAUCACCGAAAAAGAAUAUCCAUCGCCUAACUAUUCGAACGAUGCGUCGUGGUGCUCGCUGCCUUUCAAGGAUGCUCGAGAUCGACUGGAAGGGAUUCUUGUGGUAUUCGUAAUCCUGCCAGUUUUGCCUUUUCUGGUUCUAUUAAUGGCAUUCUUGGCUGGAUUGAAUGGCUACGGACGGUUUGGAAAG